AGAGAAACUGCAAUUGGAGAGGUUGGGAAAGUUGGAACUUGGAGAAACAGCUUCUCUCUGUGGGUGAGGAGAUUCAAGAUCCAUAAAAGAUGAGCACCCCAGCGAUCAACGCUUCCUCCUUCCCUCCGACGGAGGCGCUGUCCGUGAAUUUCAGCAGCCCCGACAGCCCCACGCUUCUGCCCGCCGCCCUCUCCCCUCCGCUCCCCACCAUCAUCGUCGUGUUCUGCCUCUUCAUCCUCUUUGUGAGCUGCACCACCUUCCUGGCUGUGUGCAGGCCAUCUACAGAGGUGGGGCUCCCCCACGGGGGGUGUGGCCUGGGGGAGCCCCUCCCUUGCAGCCCCUCCCCUCCCAGUGAGCCGCAGCUGCGCCUCUGGAAGCGGCUGGGCUCCAUGCGUCGCUCCCUGACGUCUUCAUUCCGGCGCCCCCCACAGCGACGGCCUGACAGGAGGGCGUCGCCGUCUACCACCCCCCCCGCCACACCUCAGUGUGCCCUGCCUCUAUGACCAUGCCACUGAGAUCUGACCCCACCCCCCCCCACCCCCCAU